AUGUCUCCUACAGCAAUGCCCGUCCGUGAGGAAGCGAGGUCAACCGGCAAGAUCGAAACACGCCUGUUCAUCAACAAUGAAUUCGUCGAAUCCAUUGCUGGCAAGACAUUCGAUGUCUUCAAUCCAUACAAUGAAGAAAAGGUAGCAAGUGUCUAUGAGGCACUGCCAGAAGAUGUCGACAGAGCCGUGGAUGCUGCAGAAGCUGCAUUACCUGCCUGGGACGAAAUGGGCGCGACGGCCCGUUCUGCAUACUACUACAGGUUGGCAGAUCUGUUGGAAGCUGCUGGGCCUGAGCUUGCAGAACUGGAGGCCAAAGAGACUGGAAAGAUUGCUUCGCAAUACUCGGAGCAUAUGUUUGGAGCCAAGGGUUUGAGACUAUUCGCUGGCCUUGCACAGGAUCUCAAUGGCGCCACUUCUUUGGCUACCCCUGGUCAUGUCAACAUGGUCAUUCGUCAACCAUAUGGUGUCUGUGGUGCAAUCGUGCCCUGGAAUGUUCCUAUCAUGGCGGUCAUCUUUAAGAUGGGCCCAGCAUUGAUCUCGGGAAACACGCUCGUUGUCAAGUCAUCCGAGAAAUCACCUCUUACUGCUCUUGUGCUUGCUAGACUGGUCAAGGAAGCUGGUUUCCCACCUGGUGUUUUCAACGUCUUGAGUGGCUUUGGCAACCCUGCAGGCGCAGCAAUGGCAUCUCACAUGAAGAUCCGAAAGAUCGGCUUCACCGGAUCUGCUAGGACGGGUCGUCUCAUCAAGGAAGCUGCAGCCAAGUCGAACCUCAAGAGAGUAUCACUCGAGCUUGGUGGCAAGUCUCCACUCGUCAUCUUCGAGGAUGCUGACUUGGAAGCGGCUAUUCCUGCGGCAGCUCUGAGUAUCCUUUCNAUGGCUGGACAGGUUUGCAUUGCAUCUUCAAGACUCUACGUCCAUUCGUCAAUUGCAGGCGUCUUUCAAGAGAAGCUCAUCGAGACUCUCAAGGCAAUGUCCGCAAAUCCGCCAGAAGGCACUGAUCCUCUCUCACCAGAGGCCAGACACGGUCCUCAGGCCGACAAGGCACAAUUCGAAAACGUCCUGAAAUAUAUCGAGUUGGCCAAGGAGAGCGGUGGUGAGAUUAUCCUCGGUGGCAAGAAACAAACCGAGAAGGGCUACUUUAUUGAACCCACAGUCAUUCGCAAUCCUGAUCACAACAGUCGUAUCUCGAAGGAAGAGAUUUUCGGCCCUGUGCUCUGCUUCAACACGUUUGAAGACGAGGAUGAAGUCAUGAAGAGAGCCAAUGAUACCGAGUACGGCCUGCUUGCGAGUGUAUACACAAAGGACAUCUCGAGGGCGUUGCGAAUCGCCAAGCGAUUCGAGAGCGGUAUUGUUGGUGUCAACACGACUUCACCAAUGACGGGUGCUGUCGACAUGCCUUUCUCGGGAUGGAAGGCUUCAGGUGAUGGAGUUGAUCUCAGCAAGGCGAGCCUUGACAUCUGGACUCAGAUGAAGACCAUCUACAUCAAGAUCUGA